AUGAGCUUUGAAGUUCUUUUUGAUGUACCAGUGAAGAAGAAUGAGAGGAGUGGGCCUCAUUCUCACAGAAUGCCUUUUGGAAAGGGAUCAAGGAGCUGUGUGUCUUGUUACACGUUUCGUGGGAUAAUAAGGAAGUUGAUGAUGUGCAGACGAUGCUUUAGGGAGUACGCCAGUGACAUAGGGUUCACGAUUUAUGAUUAG